UCAACGGUCCUUUUGUGAAGGGGUCUUCUUGUACCUGCAAAUCGUGUGUGCCGAUUUUGUUCAAAGCGAAUCUAUAGAUGUCCAGUCCAUACACAGAUGACUGACUGACUGACUGACUGACUGAGUGAGUGAGAGAGAGAGAGAGGCCGAAUAAAUACGAGUAGAAUAGAGGCUCCACUGGCUUGGCUGCACGACGAGCACCACGAGGCGGUGGACCCUCUAGCACUUCGUGGAUGCACAGAUGUCCACUCCAUGGAUGCACUGAUAGACACGCUCGGUCUUCAAAAACGGUCUUUGAGCGGACGUUACGUUGCCCUGCUCCUUGAGCGCCUCAGCCUUGCCCAUGUCCAUCACCAGCAGAGUCAUCUUGCGCGUGCCGUCACUGAGUUGGUGCCCGAACGCCUUGUAGAUGCCCAUGGCGGUGUCAAUGAUGCCCUGGGGCGAGAGUAGAAUCAGCAGCUGCUGGACCCUCCAGUAGUUUUUGGCAAGCCGAGCGUAAGGCGCCAUCGAUGACCACUCGGGUGACUCGGGGCCCCCUUGUUCGAGCAGCGGGAGAGGUACCCAAAGCGCGUCAAUCCAUC